UGAAGGGCAGUGUGCCUCAGCUACUACAUGUAUUACAGCAAGAAAAGAAGAAGGAUUUGACUCGUUGUGGGCGCGUUUUACCUCUGCUCGUGUGUUUGCUGUUGUUAUUGAACCAGACGCAGCUGACAGAAUCCUGAGCCAUGAGCGAGUUCAGGAUCCACCACGACGUGAACGAGUUGCUCAGCCUGCUUCACGUCCGGGGAGGCGACGGAGCGGAGGGCUACAUCGACCUCCUGCAGAAACACCGGACCCCCUACGUCACCACCACCGUGUCCGCCCACAGUGCCAAGGUCAAAUUAGCAGAGUUCUCUAAAACCCCAGAGGACUUCUUGAGGAAGUACGAGGAGCUCAAGUCCAAAAAUGUUCGAAACUUGGACCCUCUGGUUUAUCUGCUCUCCAAACUCUGUGAGGAUAAAGAGACACUUCCAUUUCUGCAGCAGAAUGCCAAAGAGAGAUCGGAGUCAUCUGCGAACACGACAUCAACCUCAACCACCAGUUACACGCUGCCUCAGACCAGCACAAAGAUGUCCAUGCAGGAACUGGACGAGCUGCGGAAGAAGCUGGGCAACGUGACUGCGAGCUCCAACGCUCCUCUGCCAGCUGAGGUCACGCGGAAGAUGCUGAGGGACAAACACAACAAGAAGAACCCCACGCAGCCCAACCCCGUGUUUCCUAACUGGGUGUACGACCGCCCAGCGCUCCUCGGAGACUUCAUCACCAGCCCUUCUCCUCCAGGAGACCCGGCAGUGGCCGUCGGGACGAUGCCGCUGCCGGCGCAGGAGCAGGCUCUAGUCGAAGACCUGCUGUUUGUCCUGGUCGGAGUGGACGGACGAGACAUCACGGCUCAGCCGGUGCUGGGGAGACAGAACCGCUCCUUCAUCGUGGACUCCACGCUGGACAUGUCCAUCAAAGAGCUGGUGAACAGGAUAUUGCCGGUGGCGUCUUAUUACUCCACUAUAACGCGCUUCAUCGAGGAGAAGUCGUCCUUCGAGUACGGCCAGGUGAACCACGCGCUGACGGCGGCCAUGCGUACCCUGAUGAAGGAGUAUUUGAUCCUGGUCACUCAACUGGAGCACCUCCAGCGGCAGGGCCUGCUGUCCCUGCAGAAGCUCUGGUUCUACAUCCAGCCCACAAUGAGGACCAUGGAGAUCUUGGCCUCUAUUGCGUCCUCUGUGGACAAAGGAGAGUGCAUGGGUGGGUCAACGUUGAGUCUUCUGCACGAUCGAACCUUCAACUACACGGGCGACAGCCAAGCCCAGGAGCUGUGCCUCUACCUCACCAAAGCAGCCAGCGUCCCUUACUUUGAAAUACUGGAGAAGUGGAUCUACAGGGGCAUCAUCAAGGAUCCGUACAGCGAGUUCAUGGUGGAGGAGCACGAGCUGCAGAAGGAGAAGAUUCAGGAGGACUACAACGACAAGUACUGGGAUCAGAGGUACACCAUCGUGCAACAUCGUAUUCCCUCCUUCCUACAGAAAAUGGCGGACAAAAUAUUAAGCACAGGGAAAUACCUGAAUGUGGUGCGGGAGUGCGGCCGCGAUGUGACGUGUCCUGAUGCCAGAGAGGUGCUGUACACGCUGAAGGAGAGGGCUUAUGUGGAGCAGAUAGAGAAAGCGUACAACUACGCCAGCAAAGUCCUGCUGGCCUUCCUCAUGGAGGAGAAGGAGCUGGUAUCACGUCUCAGAUCCAUCAAGCACUACUUCCUGAUGGACAAAGGGGACUUCUUUGUGCACUUCAUGGACCUGACGGAGGAAGAGCUGAAGAAGCCGGUUGACGACAUCGUCCCUCCCAGGCUGGAAGCCCUGCUGGAGCUGGCUCUGAGGAUGAGCACCGCCAACACGGACCCCUUCAAAGACGACCUCAAGAUCGACCUGAUGCCCCAUGAUGUCAUCACCCAGCUGCUGCGCGUGCUGGCCAUCGAGACCAAGCAGGAAAAAGCCAUCAUCAACGCGGACGCCGCGGAGGCAGCGCUCAGCGGGCUGGAGGCCUUCUCCUUUGACUACAUCGUCAAGUGGCCGCUCUCGCUCAUCAUCAAUAGGAAAGCCCUGACGAGGUACCAGAUGUUGUUCCGUCACCUGUUUUACUGCAAACACGUGGAGAGGCUGUUGUGCAACGUGUGGAUCAGCAACAAGGACUUCAAGCUCUACUCUCUUCACUGUGCCAAAUGGUUCGCCGCCUCGUUCGCCCUCCGGCAGCGGAUGCUCAACUUUGUGCAGAACAUCCAGUACUACAUGAUGUUCGAGGUGAUGGAGCCCACGUGGCACAUCAUGGAGAACAACCUGAAGACGGCGUCAAACAUUGAUGAUGUGCUCUGCCAUCAUACCAGCUUCUUGGACAACUGCCUGAAGGACUGCAUGCUGACCAACCCCGAGCUCCUCAGGAUCUUCUCCAAGCUCAUGUCGGUCUGCGUCAUGUUCACGAGCUGCAUGCAGCGCUUCACUCAGAGCAUUAGAUUAGAGCGCCUGUCACAGGAACAGGGGACCAAGGACGGGCCUCUGGCUCAGAGCGAACACGCUGAAGAGGCAGAGAAGAAGCGGCUGAUCACAAAGUCGUUAACAGAGCACGCAGACAGCCACCAGUCGGACGCAGGCUUGGAAGCCACCAUCAGCAAGUUCGACAGUAACUUUAGCACGCUGCUACUGGACCUGUUGGACAAGCUGAGCAUCUACAGCACCAAUGACUGCGAGCACAGCAUGAUCAGCAUCAUCUACAGGUUGGAUUUCAACGGGUUCUACACAGAGCGGCUGGAGAAGAUGGCCAUAGAGCGGAGUCAGAAAGCAUCAGCGUAGCGUCGGAGAACGUCCUUCGCUCAUCUCCGCCCUCCACCACCAACCGCUCCUUUCCACGCAGACAGAAGAGCUGGCUUUGUUCGUCGUCAAUGCUUUGUUAUAUAUUGUGUACUUUAUUGUACGCGGCGUCAUUUCAAUGCUUCGUAUUGUAAAUCUUUGGAAUUGAUAUGAAAAUGACAGUCGGGGCACUCCAUAUAGGUAAAUUAAAAAUGUAUGUUUGUAUUCAUUAAAACAAGAAUUUACUGAAUGAAUUCACGCCUUCAACAUCCUUUAAACUUUUAAAACAAUCUUGCAGUUAUGUUCUCAUUGGGUGCAAUAGUCCGAGGAACAGAAACGUUAUUUCUUUAAAACAUCUGUGCAUCAUCCUCAGAAAUCCGUGUUAAUUGUUGAAUAAACUUUUCCAGAUUAUUUUAGGGGAACAUUGAGAAGAUACAAAAUAUAAACAAUAAAGUUCAAAAUACAAUAUUCUUGUCAAACCCGCACACAACCUAAAGGGAACGUUUCAUAAAUGUGACGUGUGGUUUGCAUUCAAUUAGAUUUCCCAGUAUAAUGUACACAGUAGAGCAACAUUGGUAGACAAUAAACCCAGAACACGGUAACGUUACUAAUUUGCCAUUAUUAAAUAUGUAUCAUAUAAUUAUUAAAAUAAAGUUGAUUUGUAAGAG